AUGUAUAUCUCGUUUCAUAUUAAUUUUAUUCGUUUCAAUUUCCAAGUGUCUCUCUUCUCGGUUCACCAACACCAAUAACAGAACAGCAAUAUCUGAUCAAAUUAGCGUCAUUGACGAAACAAACAUGAUCUUUUCAUAAAUAAAUCUUAGAUAGGUUUUAAAAUAUAUAAUAUCAUUUAUAAUAGAGUGAUUUAUUUCUAAUAAUGAUUUUCUUUCAUACAUACGUUUUAGACAAAGUUCGUUUACGCUUUUUAUUAUUAGGUAUGUCUGGUACUCACUAUAGAAACUACGAAAGAAAUAGAUUUGAUAGUGGAAUUGUUCAUUCUAGAAGAUAAAAUCGAUGUAUGGAAAGCAAUAUCUGAUUUUGAUUUAGUGACAUUGAUCAAAGAUAAAUUUUAUUUAUCACGACUUGUGCGAAGAUUGGUGACGUUUGUCCUCAUUUAAAAUCGUGCUUCUCACGUGUUUGGAUUCUCCCACUCGUGCAAUGAUUUUUUAUAUUUAAUAUCAUAUUCUUACCAUCUUUUCAAGCCUUUUUUUUAGCCUUCGCUGUCUUUAAAGUGGUCAAUAAAUUCAUUAAUUUUAAGUGUUCCAUUAAAGUUGUAACGAAUAUUAGUAUCUUUAUCAUAUUACUACAUACAUUAAUGAUAAUUAAUAUACCUAUAUACAUAUUAUGUACAUAUGUAUUCGUAUAGAAAUAUCUUUUCUUGGUAAAAUCUACUUGACGGUAUACAUUAAAUAUUCGUUUAAUUGCGAAAAUACUUAAGAACACAAUGUAUUUCGUUCAACGUGCAUAGCAUAAAUACGUGACGAAUCGCUUUGAAUUCCAAGACAUGACGCCAACAGUUCGUCAAUGUCAGAUUUCCCGCGAUGUCCUAGAAAUAUGGAAUAAACGAAUCGCUCAUCCGCAUUCUCUGCAUUGCACGAUCGUGGUAUGCAAGAAAUAUAGAGAAUGCAACAAGUUACUUCAAAGCGGUUGAUAAUUAUCGUUCAAAGGUUUUAACAGAACUUUAAACUAGUAUCAUUUAAUCGUACGAUAACAUGCUAUCGAACAGCAACCAACGAAACUUAUAAACGGACAAUAGGAAGAUAAAUCACGGAUUAAAAGAUUAAUGUUAUUUAUGAAAUAACAAUCGUAUCCGUUCAUUAAUUUUGAUUUAAUCGAAACCUUGAAUGGAAGGAAAGAGAAAAAAAGAAUGUGCAAAUAAGAUGUAACAAUAACACGAUACGGAUGUAGACACACACAGAGUCUUCUAAUGGCACUGGGCUUUCUCUGUUGUUAUGCCAUUAGAGUUACUACAUCAGUGACGUUAGAAGCAAUGACUAAUGCCAAAUCUGCAAAUCCUGAUUUUCCAGAAUUUCCAUGGAAAGACGCCACAAAGGAUAUAAUUCAGAGUUCUUUCUUCUGGGGAUAUGUAUGCACGCAAAUUAUUGGUAGCAUAGUGGCACAAAAAUGGGGAGCUCAUAAACUUUUCUCACUGGCGCAAUUCGCAUGUGGUUUGGUAACACUUUUAAUUCCCGUACUUGCCGAGUACUGUGGAUGGGAAGCGAUUUGUGUUACUAGAGUAAUCGCCGGUUUAUUUCAAGGCACUGUUUUACCGUGUCUUCACACAUUACUUUCGAAAUGGGCGCCUAUGGACGAAAGAGGGAGAAUCUCGACCUUCGUUUAUGCCGGGGGCUGGAUUGGAAACGUACUUUGUUUAUGGAGUACUGGACAACUGUCAGCUUCUCGUUUGGGAUGGCCUAGCUGUUAUUAUGUUUGGGGCUGUAUAGCGAUUGUUUCCAGUAUUCUGUUCUUUUUCAUCGGUAAAGAAUCACCCGCUGAACAUCCAAGUAUACCACAAGAUGAAAAAGAAUACAUUGAAAAUAGUCUUGGAAUGAUAGAAACAGAAGAGAAAUUAUCAACUCCUUGGAUUAAAAUAUUAACCAGUAUUCCAAUGUGGGCACUAUUGGUUACACAGUCUGCUCACACUUGGGGCUUCUGGAUGCUUUUAACAAAAAUUCCUUCGUACAUUGGAUCAGUCUUUGAUACCGACAUACAAAACAAUGGUCUAUGGAGUGCACUACCAUAUCUCACAGCAUGGAUUUGUAGUUUCCCAAUUAGCUAUAUUUCGGAUGUCCUGAUUAAACGAAAUAUUUUAACCGUACAAGCAUCGAGAAAAAUUUGUAAUACGAUCGGUGAAUGGAUCCCAGCAAUUGCAUUAAUCGGUCUUGGAUAUGUUACUAAGGAAGAACCUGGAAUAGCAAGAGCACUUUUAAUAUUCGCUGUUGCUAGUAAUGUUGCUAUUUAUUGUGGACAUAAUGUCAAUCAUAUGGAUCUUAGUCCAAACUUUGCUGGUCCUUUGAUGGGUAUUACGAAUACCGUGGCAAAUAUUUGUAGCAUUUUGGCUCCGCUAAUUGCCAGUAUCAUCGUUAAACAUCCGAAUAGUGUUGAGGAAUGGAGAAAUAUGUUCUUUUUAACAUCCAUAAUAUAUUUUCUUGGAAAUUUGACUUUUAUUGUGUUUGGUACAUCUAAAAUUCAAGAAUGGAAUGACCCUGUAAAGGAGAAAAAGGAUAUCUCUAUGAGUUCUGCAACUGAAUCAUCGAUGGAAAAGGGAUAUGCACAAAGAGAAAAAGAUACUGAAAAGAUGGAUCUAGGAAAAGAGUCGUAAUAUUGCUCUGAUACUAAAGAAUAUAACAUUAUUCAUAAAAUGUAUUGUAAAUAUUGUGAUUGCAGAGUGUAUUAUUAUUUUAUUUGCAAGUGUAUGCGAAAAAUAUUUUAAAAUGUGAGUGCUGUAUGUACAUGAAUAUUUAUGUGUAUUAUAUUUAAUAUUUAUUACAAAAUUAUAUAUAUAUAUAUAUAUAUAUAUAAUUAUAUAUAUAUAUAUAUAAUGAUGAUUAAUGAUUAUAUUAAGCAAACAAGUUUAUUUAAAACAUGUUACUGAGUUUUAAUAUGUUCUGACAUAGAUUUCCAAAUUGUUUGUAUAAGACAUAGUGUACAUAAAAUAGUUAAUGAAAAUGUGAUAGAAGUUACUACAAGUAA